GAGUUUCUCCGCGCCCUGAAGUUGUAAAUACAGAGUUGUAGUGAAAAACUUAAGUGUAAUUUAUUUGUAUCUGGUUUGGGUUUGAGUAUACCAAUUAGGUGAAAUGGAGCUUCGGUUCUCAGAGGCGGAGAACACGGAGCGCUCCCCACUCCCAAUGGCCUCCCUGCGCCUCCUGGUUCCUCCCCUGCGUCUGAUGGCUGCCUACCUGUGGCAGGUGAUGCAGCGAGGGGAUGCAAUGCAGUACAGGAUGCUGGCGGACUUUGUCACCCUGGUGACCGAGGCUAUCCCGGAGCUGCUCAGUCCGAAGCAUGCAGCGGAGCUUAUUCUGGGUCUGCAAGCCAGGGUUGUUCUUGAACUGUGCCGCGGGGAUCAUGCUGUAGCCCCUGACAACCUGCAGCUCCAUCUGGACAACAUUCAGCUGCUUCUGCCCGUCCUCGGAGCAAAGGAGAACAGCCGUGGGGGUUCAGGGGCUGACUUCACCGCACUGGUCCAAACCCUCCUCACUGACCCUGAGGAGAGGGAGAGCUUCUUCCAGCACGUGUUUCCGGAUGUGUGUGGCUCCCAUUAUGAUAAGGUCCUGCAGACGCUCAUGUGGGACUUCCUCAUGAGGCUGGAGAAACUGACGCCAGUCCCUGACCUCCUGCAGACUGUGUCAUGGCUGGAUGACUCCGCUGCAUUGGCUGCUGACUGCACUGAAUGCAUUUCUCAGCCGGAGCCUCUGAAGUUGUUAAUCCAGCACCCUGCAGCUCUCGCCCCCCUGGACACCCACAGCCCUCCCUCAGUGCUGGGUGGAACCAUCCGUUCCCUGCUCCUCCUGGGGCCUCGGAGGCCAACGCCUGCCACCGCGGAUGACCCCGUGACCUCUGAGGAGGUAGCCACGGAGACGCUCACCAUGACUGAGUGUAUAGAAAUGGAGCUGGGGAUGAGACUGGCCGUGGGAGAAGCAAAGGAGUCAGGGGGGGAGGAGGCCUCCAGAGGAGGAGGAGGAGGAGGAGGAGGUGGUGCACAGAGGGGAGAAGAAGAGAGCCGGCAGGGAGGUGCGGAGGAGGCUGGCGUGGAGGUGACACAGCGCGGCGGAGGAGAGGAGAGCAGGGAGGUGACACAGCGUGGCGGAGGAGAGGAGAGCAGGGAGGGGGUGUCUGAGAGGGAGAAGACGAGCGAGGAUGAGUCAGGGAAGGCAGAGCUGCCGUGCCCCCAACAGGAAGCCGAAGGGCAGGUUUCCUCCGCCACUUCCUGUGUGGACGGAGAGCGGGCGGCUGGUGGGGCUGCGUCCGACUCCGCUGUCCCGGUCGGGUGGAGGAGGUCACAGAGGAAACCAAAGAAAACCUGGAAGGUGAAGACCAUCCACCUGCAGAUGCAGAAAGGAAAGGUCAUGACCCAGGAAAGAAAACAUUGGCACUGUUUGGAGUCCAAGAACAUCAACUCCAGUAAGAGUUCAGAUGUCGGCCCCAUUUGUGAAAAAUCCGCUGAAAAAAGUGCAGAUGAGGCCUCUCUGGCGCGGUCGUGUCCGCAGUGCCCAUUCUCCCACCAGCAGGAGGCGCUAGUGAGGCAGCACCAGGAGCUGGCUCACUCUGACUGGGCGGGCGGUGAGCAGACUCAGACAGCGCCCCCUAUAGGCCCGGCCCUGCCUCACGCGUGUGCCGACUGCGGGAAGAGCUACCGCUUCGCCUCCGAGCUGAAGUCGCACCGGCGCACACACUCCGGCGAGCGCCCCUUCGAGUGCCCGCAGUGCGGCAAGAGCUUCGUGCACAGCCAGGCGCUGGUGCGCCACCGGCACACGCACGCCGCAGAGCGCCUCUACGAGUGCGGCAAGUGCUCCGAGACCUUCCCCUCGCUGUCCGCCCGCGCCGCGCACCGCCGCACGCAACACGACCCCCGCCGGCAGCGCUGCGCCGACUGUGGCAAAUGCUACAGCUCCGCGUCCGCCCUGGCGCGCCACCAGCUGCUGCACACGGAAGAGCGCCCCUACAAGUGCCCGCAGUGUCCCGCCGCCUUCCCCUGCCUCUCCAACCUCAACCGGCACGCGCUGACGCACCGCACCGAGCGCUCCCACCGCUGCACCUGCGGCAAGGCCUUCACCUACAAGGGCGCGCUACUGAGCCACCAGCGGGUGCACUCCAGCGAGAGGCCGUACCACUGCGGGGAGUGCGGCAAGGGCUUCCUGUACAAGGGCGGCCUGGAGCAGCACCGCAAGACCCACUCGGACGAGAAGCCCUUCCUGUGCUCGCACUGCGGCAAGGGCUUCAAGCGGCAGCGCAGCCUGAGCAAGCACGUGAGCGGACACACGCGCGAGGACGUCUUCCGCUGCACGCAGUGCGACAAGACCUUCUGCUACAAGGCCAGCCUGACGCGCCACGAGCUCACCCACUCCGGGGAGAGGCCCUUCCUGUGCGACGACUGCGGCAAGGGCUUCUUCUCCUUCAGCGAGCUGCAGAAGCACCAGCGCUUCCACACGGGGCACAAGCCCUUCCAGUGCCCGCACUGCAACAAGAGCUUCACGCAGUCCUGCUACCUGACGCUGCACAUGCGCUACCACACCGGGGUCAAGCCCUACACCUGUCCCUCGUGCGGCAAGAGCUUCAGCAGCUCCACGCGCCUCAAGAGGCACCUGCGCAUACACACAGGUGAGAAGCCCUACCAGUGCUCAGAGUGCACCAAGUGCUUCCAGCAGUCCUACCAGCUCAAGGCUCAUAGGCAAACUCACCUGACCCUCACCCUGGACGAAUCAAACUCACCUGACCCUCACCCUGGACGAAUCAAACUCACCUGACCCUCACCCUCACCCUGGACGGAUCAAACUCACCUGACCCUCACCCUGGACGAAUCAAACUCACCUGACCCUCACCCUGGACGAAUCAAACACACCUGACCCUCACCCUCACCCUGGACGAAUCAAACUCACCUGACCCUCACCCUGGACGAAUCAAACACACCUGACCCUCACCCUCACCCUGGACGAAUCAAACUCACCUGACCCUCACCCUGGACGAAUCAAACACACCUCACCCUCACCCUGGACGAAUCAAACUCACCUGACCCUCACCCUGGACGAAUCAAACACACCUGACCCUCACCCUGGACGAAUCAAACACACCUGACCCUCACCCUCACCCUGGACGGAUCAAACUCACCUGACCCUCACCCUGGACGGAUCAAACUCACCUGACCCUCACCCUGGACGAAUCAAACUCACCUGACCCUCACCCUGGACGAGUGACGCAAUGGCUGGAAUGACUAACGCUAAAUAGCUGCACCUAUUGAAGCAAGGCGUCUCAGGAAUGCCUUCCAACAGAGAACUGAAGUGGAGUCAUUGUUCCCCAGUGACUGGCCACAGGCCCAUGCCCUGACUCCGCCCUUCCGUCCUGAGACGAAUGUGUUUUGCCUUGCAUCAGAUCCUUUGGUUUCAGACUUCUGGGCUUGAAUACUAUUCAUUUCAACACUUUUUUCGUGGUCUAAAAUGGAAAAAAUUCCAAUUCAGGUAAAGGUUGUUUUGUUUGUUGGAUUUUUUUGUUACAAAUGAUGUGAUGACGGCUUAGAACGCCCAUCGCUGCAAGAAGAGGCACCAUCUCCGUUUCCAAUUUUGCCGUCUUCACUAACUGUUAUGUUUUUGUGUAUUCAUACUUGUGCCUUAUGAAGAAUAUGUUGCAUAAUAAGAUGUAUUAUUAAAAGAAUGUAUUGAAUGUAAAUAAGGGCCACAAAUAAAAUCAGUACACAAAUUGAU